AUGGCGACCACUGCAGAGGCAAAGCUAAUACGGCAGACCAAAUUCCCACCGGAAUUCUCCAAAAAGGUGGACAUGCAAAAGGUCAAUAUUGAGGUGAUGAAGAAGUGGAUUGCUGGCAAAAUAUCUGGGAUCCUAGGAAAUGAGGAUGAUGUGGUUAUCGAGCUUUGUUUCAAUUUGCUGGAGGGUUCUCGCUUUCCUGAUAUCAAACUUCUACAAAUCCAACUCACCGGCUUUUUGGACAAGGAUACGCCCAAGUUUUGUAAAGAGCUCUGGAAUUUAUGUCUCAGCGCGCAAAACAACCCACAAGGCGUACCGAAGGAAUUAUUGGAGGCUAAGAAACUAGAACUGAGACAAGAAAAACUCGAGUCUGAAAGAUUAGCUGAAGAAGCCAGACGGCGCAGGGAAGAGGAGAGGAUGCGUGAACGUGAGCUGGAAGCUCUACGGCAGCAAGAACGUGCUGAACGUGGUCGCCGUAGUGGCAGGGAUCGAUGGGCUGAUAGAGAUGCUCGCUCGCCGCCGUCAAGACGGAGAAGUUUGGACAGAUACCGCGACCAUGGCAGACGUAAAGCGGAUACCUGGGCUCCAUCUGGAGGCCGGAGUUCACGCUGGUCGGACGAUCGUGGUCGCCGCACAUCUAGGUCAAUAUCCCGAUCGAUAUCGCGAUCUACCUCAAGUUCAUCGCUCUCUCCCUCUCCUCACCGAAGGGCGCGCGGACGUCACGGACCCACAAGGCGCCGACGGUCGCUAAGUUAUUCUCGUUCACCAGACAGGAGGGAUCGCAAACGAAGGAGAAGGCGUAGCCCCGAUCGUGAUGAUGUUCUCACUAGGUCUACCUCCGUCAAUAGACCAGAUCGUUCACGUUCUCCCAGAGGACGUCGGAGAAAAUCUCUCACCUCUUCCUCCCGGAGCUUAUCCCGCACCGUUUCGCGUCACGUCUCCACUUCAAGGUCACCUCCUUCUCUGUCCUCGUUGCGUCAUAGGUCGCGCUCACGAUCACCGUUCCGAGCGAAUGGUGACAAGCGUGGUGCAAGAGCUCGAGGGAGAAGAUCACCAUCACCCGCUGCGAAAGCUUAUAGAACAAAUUCAAGAGCUGAUAUAACCAAGGACCACCCCAAAUCCCGCGAUGAUCGCCGUCGUCGAAGCCGCAGCAGAAGCCGCAGCAGAAGCCGCAGUCGCAAUCACAACCGAAGUAGAGAACGACCCAGUUACCGCAGACGCAAGAAUCCAAGCGGAAGCAGGUCUCGUACUCGCUCCCGUAGCCCUUUCCGCGACCGGGACAGGAAUAGAAACCGUGACAGAAGCCGCUCUGGCAGUCGCGGUACGCCUCGGGAUAGAAGUGACAGAAAAAGACAUCAAUCAAUUGAGAGAUACGCCCCAGCACCCAGAAGACGCUACAAAAGCCCUUCCACAUGGUCUUCUUCAGCUCCAGAGAAACGACAGACGAUCGUAGCUGAUUCACAAGAAGAAGAAAAGGAAAAGAAAAGUUCGCACUCACCGCCUCCUGCCUCGCGUAGCAGCAAAAGUUCGGAAGCGGAACCAAGACGGGAAUCUCAGCCGGAACGCAAGGGUCUUCAAGACAGAGUUGAAGAGGAAGACAAGGAAAAGGAAGAUGGACAAGCUGCAGGCGUUGAAGUGGUGCAAGUCAACCCAGCCCUCCAAAUCCCGAUUGACCGGUACUGA